CGUUGCGCAGAGCCCUGAAAAGCAGAACGCGCCUCCUUCCCUCUCUCAUUCCACCCGCUGCCUCCCUCUUCAACUGUUGGACUCCUGCUCGUUAAAGCUACACUAUGUCGGACGACGGUAAAUUGUUCAUCGGCGGACUGAGCUUUGAGACCAACGAGGAGUCUCUAGCUGCGGCCUUCGGCAAAUAUGGAUCCAUCGAGAAAGUGGAUGUGAUCAGAGACAAAGAGACGGGGAAAUCUCGCGGGUUUGGCUUCGUGAAAUUCGACAACUCGGACGACGCUAAAGACGCACUGGAAGCGAUGAACGGCAAGACUCUGGAUGGACGGUCAAUUCGUGUGGAUGAAGCAGGAAAAGGAGGACGCUCCAGAGGAGGAUUCAGCUCCAGUGGCCCUAGGGGACAGCGAGGUGGAGGAUUUGGCGGGCGUGGGAGAGGUGGACGGAGUUACUCCAGAGGUGGUGGAUACAAUGGAGACAGGAGCUACGGUGACAGGAGUUACAGUGACAGAAGCUUCCAUUCUGAAGGGAGGUUUGGCGGCAGCCAGUACAGGAAUAGCGGAGGUGGCGGCGGCAGUGGAUACUCGGCCUACAGAGACAAUAGGGGCCAGGGUGGAUACAGCGACCGCACUGCAUCCUACCGUGACGGAUACGACAGCUAUCCUGCAAACGAGUAAACAUCUCCCUGAUUCAAGAUCAUCACUUGGCUGGCUGUAUUUCAAAGAUGCGCUCCUCAAGAAAAAUGUCCACGUGUUAUUGCUGACCUUAGUUUUGUAGUUCUGUUGUAGUAGCUCAAGCAUCUUAAAAAAAAAAAAAAAUGUAGCCAUGAGUUUUGGUCAUUCCUUAACAAACCAUGUUACGAAUUACAGUUCCAGACUCUUACCUUGCUUGAUUUGGCAUCUUUAUUCCUCAAAAAUCGUUUAACUAAAAGGCAUCUGUGUAAUCUGAUUAGUACUGUAAGUCCCAAUUUGAGGACCGAACAACUGCUCUCCACAUGGCCACUACCAUCGCUGUAGACUUUGUCCAGCACGUAAAGUGUUUCCUGAUUUUGAUUCCUUAGUUUUUUGGGGUUUUUUUGCUUUUUGUUUUUUUUUUAUAUUGAAAUAUCCGAUGGGCUUGUUCUGUUUCCUUUACUUAUUUCCCUCUCAGUCUCAGUGGCUGACCUACCUCUUGCCAGGUUUUAAAGUGAGGAAAGAAAUCCGAAUUACUCAUAAACAGACUUUUGGGGGAUUUUAUGCUAAAUUCCUUUUACUAUUAAAAAAAACAAAAAAAAAAACUUAGCCGAGGCUCCUGUGUGUUCAAAGAGUGAAUUCCUUUCAGACUGAACUACACAACCGAAGUGGCCGGCUGUCAUGACGUUGCAAAUUGCAGCAUGCUACAGUCUGUCCGAGGUAUCUUUUGUGCUCUGCUCAACAUCUGCAUUUUAAAUGUGCUGUAAAAUGGACUAAUCUUGUUUAAGUGAUCGAAAAAUGUAACUUCGUUUCCCCAAAGUAAUAUCUCACCCGGGAACAGUUUUGUACUUUAUGUUCUUUGUAUGAUCAACAUUUUUUUUUUUUUUUUCUUUGUCAGUUUGGCUUCAUGGAGCCUAUUAAACAGACUGUGGAAAAUAAUCUUGAUUCUUUUGCCUUUCAAAACUACCGCAUGGGGUAAUUUAGGUGAACGCUGUAGGCCCAUGUUACUGUAAGGCCGCGUGAUGAGAAAAAAAAAAUUACAGAGUUCUUUUGAGAGCAAUUUAAAAGUUGUCUAAAUUAUCUUAAACAUACAAUGGCAGGUUAAGCUCUAAUUGGAUGUAAUUUAAAAAAAAAAAAAAAAUUACAAGCUGUUGUCUGGUCUCCUGAAAACCUAAUGGUUUUUGACCUUGUGCAGUCUGACCUGUAAAAACAAACAUACAGUGUACUGGUAGUGCAUUGAGAUCAUAUAAUAAACCCCUAAAGGUGAUGCUGGGAAAACAUCAGCUGGUCAUGUUAAUGCUUCAUUGCGUUCAAGAGGUCAGCCACAUCAAAAACCAACAAGUCCUUGGAGAUUGAAGUGUUGCGCCUUCCAACAAGUGCUCAUCAGAGAGGAAAGCUGCUCUCUUCUCUAGGUCAAAUGUGGAGAAAGUAGGCCAAUGCACGUGAGGUAAAAAUCUACUUUUGCUUUGCUCACAUCCUUCAACCUCAGUUCUCAUUGUUUCCAUGAAUACCUUCAAGUUAGUCGUUGUUUUUAGUCCUCUGCUUCAGAUGUCGCCUGCAACAUGCCAUGGCCUCUUCCCCGAUUGGAAAAAGUUCAUUGAGAAAAUGAAUGUGUCUAAGAAGCUCCUCUGGAUUGUAGUGCUCAUCCUCCUGAGUCCACCAAAAAAAGCAUUGGCCUCUAAGUCAUGGGUAGUAUUGUGCUCAGUCCACUUCUGUUCACUGCACUAGUCCUCACAUUUGCUCCUGUAAUGCCCCGCAGCAGUCCUGUCUAAGGUGUCUAGACUGUAUUCAGUUUUUUGUUGUACCCUUAUAUAUGACUAAGUGGUGAGUUUCAGACUAAUAGGAUUGCAUGCAUAUUGUGACUUGGACUUGUGUCAAAUGAUAACUGCCAGGCUUAAUCCAUAUCUUGAUCUCUCUUUAGAGUGAACUGGCAAUCAGUGGAACCCCUCACAGCUGAAGUAUCUGGCUUUAGAUGGCAGCGAUCGAUGCAGAUUCACUUCUCAGGUCCAAUGUGCAACAGCGGUGGUGCAGCUGUACGCAGUGACUCCAUGGGAGGAACCUGCCAGGAUCCUGCCGACUGAAAGGUCUAAUGUUGGCUUGCCAGAAGGACAUUUCUCAAAUGUAAUGGCUGCUAUUCACAGGUCUUUGGCGAAAUGACGAAACGGGCGGGAGGACAGUGCUGUACGUGUUCUGACUCGUCUGAUGUAACUCUGUUUUGACUAUUUUAAUGCUAAUUCAAUGAGUCACUUUAGUAUUACAGUAUUCUGCUGUUUGAACUUUUUGUACAAUUUACAAAAUAAAAUUGUGAUGAAACUG